CAUUGCCAUAUGUCCAUUCGGUAACCUCCAAGCUACUAUUUUAUUUAUAUUUGUUACAUUCGUAUAAAGAUAAUUACUUUAAAUUGUAAAUUGUGAUCAACAAAAAUGGCUGAUUUGAUUAAAACAAUCGAGGAGGAUGCAGAGGUGGAGAAUUUCUCAGAAAAUUCAGAUGAGGAAGAUGACUAUCAGCCUCGAAGACAGAAGAAACAAGAACGCAAGGAUUUCGACAAUGGCUUUCACUUCCUCUCGGACGAUCUGGAUUACAACCACGACACAUGGGACGACCUUAAUAAGUACAUAAAACGAAAAGCCAAAACCAAGCUCGAUGACAAGAUCAAGCGAAUUCGCCUGGAGAACUCUGCAGACCCCCAAGAGCCAGAAAUUAAGGAGGAAUCCGACGAUUCUGGCCCGUACCUUUCCGAGGAUGAUCUCCGCAAGGACACCUUCAAAACAAAAAGCUCAAAAGGCAAAAAGAAAUCCCUCAAUCAACCCGAGAUGAUGGAUUUCGAUGAGUGCGCGACUGCAGACUCUUACGCCUCUUUCUACCAGAUGAACCUCUCCCGGCCUCUUCUAAAGGCCAUAGGAGCCAUGAACUUUGUCUCCCCGACUCCAAUCCAAGCGGCGACGAUUCCCGUGGCUCUGAUGGGUCGAGACAUCUGCGGAUGUGCAGCCACAGGAACUGGAAAAACCGCUGCCUACAUGCUUCCCACUUUGGAACGUCUCCUCUACCGGCCUCGAGACGGUCCAGCAGUCACCAGAGUCCUCAUCCUGGUGCCCACUCGAGAGUUAGGAGUUCAAGUCUACCAAGUCUCGAAACAACUCUCCCAAUUCACAACCGUAGAAAUAGGCCUCUCAGUAGGAGGUCUAGACCUCAAAAUUCAGGAGACAAUCCUCCGAAAGAAUCCAGACAUCGUCAUAGCCACCCCAGGACGACUGAUCGAUCAUCUAACGAACACUCCUACCUUCUCUCUCGACAGCAUCGAAGUUCUCAUCCUCGAUGAAGCCGACCGAAUGCUGGACGAGUACUUCGCAGAGCAGAUGAAACACAUAGUCAAACAAUGCGCUAGAACCAGACAGACUAUUCUCUUCUCCGCAACGAUGACAGAACAAGUUAAAGACCUUGCUACAAUCUCCCUGGACAAGCCUGUCAAGGUUUUCGUCGACUCGAAUCAGGAUGUUGCUUUUAAUCUUCGUCAGGAGUUUGUGAGGAUUAGAAAGGAGCGGGAGGGAGAUAGGGAAGCUAUCCUAGCUGCCUUGAUCUGCAGGACUUUCCAUGAUCAUGUGAUGGUGUUUGUGCAGACAAAGAAACAGGCACAUAGGCUUCAUAUUCUUCUGGGAUUGUUGGGAAUCAAGGUGGGGGAGCUGCAUGGUAAUUUGUCCCAGCCUCAGAGGUUGGAAAACCUCAAAAAAUUCAAGGAAGAGGAGAUAGAUGUUUUAUUGGCUACUGAUGUUGCUGCUAGGGGGUUGGACAUCAGUGGCGUUAAGACCGUUAUUAAUUUUGUCAUGCCACCUACGAUCCAGCAUUAUAUCCACAGGGUCGGAAGGACUGCUCGAGCUGGGAGGGCUGGUGUGUCCGUGAGUCUUGCUGGAGAACAGGAGAGAGGACUGGUGAAGGAUGUAAUCAAACAUGCCAAGAAUCCAGUGAAGAAUAGGAUUAUUCCUCCUGAUAUUGUGGAGAAGUAUUGUAAGAAAUUGAGGGGGCUGGAAGGGGAUGUGGAGAGGGUUCUUGAAGAGGAGAGAGCUGAGAGAGAGCUUGCAAAGGUGGAGAACCAGGCGAAUAGGGCUGAGAAGAUGCUGAAGGAAAAGGAGGAGGGAAAACGGGGCUGGUUCCAGAGUUCUAGGGAGAGGAAGGCUGAGAAGGAGGAAUUGCGACUGAGUGAGAAGGCGAAGAAGAGGGCGAGAAAGGGCAAGCGGGAGGGGGCGAGCAAUCUAGUGGAGGAGGGUGGGAAGAAGGAGAAGAGGAAGAAGAAAGAGGAGGUGGAUCCGGCAGAGGAGAGGGCUAAUAGGGAGUUGGCGAAGGUGGCAGCCCUGCAGGCGAGGGCUGCCAAGAAGGGCGGGAGGAUGAAAAAGAUCAGGACAGUUGUAGAGAGUGAGGAGAGGACGGGAGGACGCAAUGCUCCGAAAAAGCGUGCAAAAUCAUCAUUCGCUUCAGACUUAACAGACACAAGUAAAAAGGGAGUGAAACGAUUACGUUACGAAGCAAAUUCAAAACAAAAACAAAAAUUCGGAAAAGGGGGGAAAAAAUUCGGAGGUGGGAAAAAAUUUGGAGGACCAAAGCGAGGUGCGCAGAGACCCAAGAAGCGUUGAUCUCCCAAAAGUCUAAAUUUAAAAAAUAAACAAUAAAAGAUGUCUCAA